CUCCUAUAAGAAGAAGAAGAAGAAUCCCAAACUACAAGUAAAAGAUUUUAUGUUAGAACCAUGUCCAAUUUGAUUCCCAACCCAGACGGCACAUACACCCGUCUCAUAACACUUCCAAUCGUACCAGCCCAGCCCGACCCAUCCUCUCCAACCACUCGGGUCCUCUCCAAAGACAUCUCGGUAAAUCCGAAAACCGAAACCAUGGUACGACUAUUCCUCCCCCGUGAGGUCCUCGAUUUACCCGCCCCUAGAAUCCCUCUCAUUUUUUACUACCACGGUGGCGCCUUUAUUUUCCUCAGUGCCACGUCAUCCAUCUUCCACGAAUUCUGUUCUACCAUGGCUCUCCAACUCCAAGUCCUCAUCGUCUCCCUAGAGUACCGCCUCGCACCCGAACAUCGUCUCCCCGCGGCUUAUGACGACGCCGUGGAUGCGCUGCACUGGAUUAAAACCACCAAAGAAGAGUGGAUCGCAAAAUUUGCUGAUCUUUCCAAUUGUUUCUUAAUGGGUACGAGUUCCGGUGGGAACCUGGCUUACCAUGCUGGGCUUCGCGCUUGUGAAGUGAGUGAUCAUCUUGACCCUCUGAAAAUCAAAGGGCUGAUAUUGCACCAUCCAUUCUUUGGUGGGUCUGAGAGGACCGGGUCGGAACUGGUCAUGGAGGAUGACCCGAUUUUGCCACCUCGCGUCUGUGAUGCAGCGUGGAAAUGGGUGUUGCCUGUGGGCGCAGACCGUGACCAUGAGUAUUGCAAUCCGGCGGUAAGUAAAGAAUUCGAGCGUUGCGUUGCGAUUCGGGUAAUGGGUUGUCGGGUCUUGGUUGCGGGUUGUUUCGGGGACCCAUUGAUUGACCGUCAGAUGGAGUUGGGGAAGAUGUUAGAGGGGAAAGGUGUACGGACAAUGACCCAUUUUGGCAAUGGUUUUCAUGGUUUGGAGGUAUCUGACCCGUCCAAAGCCCCAGCCUUGUUCAUCGUCUUGAAAAACUUCAUAUAUGAAUUAUAAUUAUUAAUUGCUUAUCA